GACGUGGAAAUAGAACAAAUAAACCACGGAAUUACAAAUAAUUAGUGUAGGACUCCGCCACGUACUGGUAGAAAAUCCCGAAAUCCUUCCACUUUCUUCACCGUUUCAGAAUUCCCAAUUUCCAAAUCCUCAAACCGCAGGGUUUUCUCCACCACAGUUGUAGAGACGGAGCCCACAAGAGUUCCAUGUCUCUCUUCUCCCCAUCCGUACGGCUCUCGUUGAUACUCUGCCUUUUGGGACUUCUAUUCGGUUCCCAUUUUGGGCACGCUCUGAAGCUGCCGUUUCGGGUCAAGGACGUGCUUCCCGCCCUGCGUCAGAUAUCGUGGCCGGUGCUUAACAACUUCCACAGCGCCGUCGAUUUGUUGCCAUCCUUCGUCGGGUCGGCCAGUCCGUACAAUGGGACGAUUGACUGGAAAGGAUCGUGCUUUGAUGGGAACGAGGCUCGCCUUGAGUUCACCGAAGGCGAUCGGGACGAGCAGUUGGGAGGCGGUGUUCUCUAUCUCAAGACAUCUGCAGCGCACAGCUGGACCUGCAUGGAUCUGUAUGUUUUUGCAACACCCUACAGGAUUACAUGGGAUUACUACUUCUCUGCCAGAGAACAUACAUUGAAAUUUGAUUCAUGGGAAGAGCAUGCAGAGUUGGAAUAUGUUAAGCAGCACGGGAUUUCUGUAUUUCUCAUGCCAUCAGGAAUGCUAGGGACCCUGCUUUCUUUAGUGGAUGUCUUGCCUUUGUUUUCAAACACUGCAUGGGGUCAGAAUGCCAACAUAGCAUUUCUGAAGAACCACAUGAGUGCAUCAUUUGAAAAACGUCCUCAGCCUUGGCGAGCAACUAUAAAUCCUGAUGAUGUUCAUUCUGGUGACUUCUUAGCCGUAUCAAAGAUCCGCGGUCGGUGGGGUGGAUUUGAGACAUUAGAAAAAUGGGUAACUGGUGCAUUUGCUGGUCAUACAGCAGUUUGUUUGAAGGAUGAAAUGGGUAAUCUUUGGGUUGGUGAAUCUGGACACGAGAAUGAAGAGGGUGAAGAGAUUAUAGUGGUAAUUCCAUGGGAUGAAUGGUGGGAGUUAGCACUAAAGGAUAGUUCUAAUCCACAAAUAGCCUUGCUUCCAUUGCAUCCAGAGUUGCGUGCAAAAUUCAACUCCACUGCUGCGUGGGAGUAUGCUCGGAGCAUGGCAGGCAAGCCAUAUGGUUAUCACAACAUGAUAUUUAGUUGGAUUGACACAGUAUCUGACAACUAUCCUCCACCUCUUGAUGCUCACUUGGUCAUUUCUGUCAUGUCUAUGUGGACUAGAAUGCAGCCAGCAUAUGCUGCAAAUAUGUGGAAUGAAGCUCUAAACAAGCGACUAGGGACUGAGGAUUUGGACUUGUAUGAAAUUCUAGCUGAAACCGAAAAGCGUGGAAUAGCAUUUGAUCAAUUGCUUACCAUUCCAGAACAAGAUGAGUGGGUGUAUAGUGAUGGGAAGUCGACAACCUGUGUUGCAUUUAUCCUUGCAAUGUAUAAAGAGGCUGGAAUUUUUGGACCUUUUUCUAGCUCUAUUCAAGUAACUGAGUUCACUAUUCGUGAUGCAUAUAUGCUCAAGAUUUUUGAGGAUAACCAAACACGACUGCCAAGUUGGUGUAACAAUGAGGGUGGACGGCUCCCAUUCUGCCAGGUUCUUGGUGAGUAUUGGAUGGAAUUGCCUCAGUAUAACACGCUAGAGCCAUAUGCCAACAUGAAUGAGAACUGCCCCUUACCUCCUAUUUACGAUAGGCCCAUUCGAUGUUAAUUCGAAAUUUAACUUGCAUGCGAAGGCAUCUCUCUCGUUGAAUCUGUCUUUUUAGCCACACGGUAUAUAAUGUGUUAUUGUUGUUCCUCAAACCUGCCUCUAUCCUGCUUUUAUAUACCUACCUGUACGACAUUUUCAUGUAGCUUCACAUGUCUGUGGUAAUAAUAUCCUUGGUCACUGAUAUGCACUUUUAGUUUCAGCAUGAGACACAAUAUUUGUAGAUAUCUCUUAUCAAACUGAAGACAUUUUUAUGUAGUGA